GCAAAACAAACGUUGAACCAAACACAAAGGUAAGUCGCACUCGUUUACCAUUGUUUAUGAUCCUCUUCCUUUCUCACUUUUUCUAUAGUUUUAGGAAUAUAAAACAUUAUAAUGUGAUAUUAAAUAAACUCAAAUAUUUUUAUGCAAAUCUAAAUUAGUAAUAGAGAAAAGAGAAAUAUAGAGGAAAUCUUACUUGUCUUAGUAGAAAUGGAUUGGAGAUAAAGUAAUUGUCAACACAAACAUCCAUUUAAACCGCAUUCAACUCCGCUUCCAACCAUAAUAACAAACUUCACUCACAUUCACCAAACAAAAAACAAAACACUAAUUAAGAUUAACACACACACAGUGAUCCGAACAAUUCUGAACCACAACGCUCCUUCCCAACAACACAACAAAAUAGUGUAACACAAAUUAAAAACAAACCAAAAAUUUAAUCUUUAAUUAACAAAAACAAAAAACCAAAUGCACCAUCCUUCUCAUCAUCGCAUGAUCCAAACAGGCUCAAGAAGCAUAACAACUUGGUUAAUCUUAAUAACAAUUGUUCUCUACAUUCUCUAUUCUUCCAACACCCUUCUCUUCAACAAUGACCAACAAGAGUGUCCAACAACAACCGCCACCUUAGAUGACACACCACAAGAACAUGUUCACAUCACAAGUUACAACAUUUCCUCUACAUCAGAUAGAAACAUUGAACACAAAGUUUUACCAAUAGAUCAAACAGAAGAAGAUGAAGAGCCUCAUCAAGAAGAAGAAAAAGAAGAAGAAGAAGAAGGUGAAGUUGAAGGUGAAGAGCAAGAACAAGAAAACAAAUCACCUAUCGUUGUUCGUUUAACAAAUCAACAAAUGGCUCAAAGAGAAGAAACAGCAUUGAAACACAUUGUUUUCGGGAUAGCAGCAUCAUCGAAUCUAUGGAAUGUUCGAAAGGAAUACAUAAAAAUAUGGUGGAGACCAAAACAAACAAGAGGGGUUGUUUGGUUAGAUAAAAGCAUUAGUACGCGAAGCAACGAAGGGUUACCAGAGAUACGAAUCUCUAGUGACACUUCGAGGUUUCGUUACACGAAUCAUCAGGGACAAAGAUCAGCAUUGAGGAUAUCAAGGAUUGUCACAGAGACAUUGAAGCUAGGAUUGAAAGAUGUGAGGUGGUUUGUGAUGGGAGAUGAUGAUACUGUUUUUGUUGUUGAUAAUGUUGUUAGGAUUCUUUCGAAAUAUGAUCAUAGACAUUUUUAUUAUGUUGGGAGUUCUUCUGAGAGUCAUGUUCAGAAUAUACAUUUUUCAUAUGCUAUGGCUUAUGGCGGUGGUGGAUUUGCUAUAAGUUAUCCAUUGGCUAUGGAAUUGGCUAAGAUGCAAGAUCGUUGUAUUCAAAGAUAUCCUGCUUUGUAUGGUAGUGAUGACAGGAUUCAAGCUUGUAUGGCUGAGUUGGGUGUGCCUCUUACAAGGGAAGCUGGCUUUCAUCAGUAUGAUGUGUAUGGAGAUCUAUUAGGCCUUCUAGGUGCACAUCCAGUGGCACCACUAGUUUCACUACACCACCUUGAUGUAGUACAACCAAUAUUCCCAAGAAUGUCAAGAGUACAAUCUUUAAAACACUUGAUGGAAUCCAUCAACCAAGACUCAGGUAGCAUCAUGCAACAAUCAAUUUGCUACGACAAAAACAGGUAUUGGUCGAUCUCAGUUUCAUGGGGAUUCAUGGUUCAAAUUCUGAGGGGAGUUUUGUCCCCUAGAGAACUAGAAAUGCCAUCAAGAACAUUUCUGAAUUGGUAUAGAAGAGCUGAUUACACUGCAUAUGCAUUCAACACAAGGCCGGUCGCCAAACACCCUUGCCAAAAGCCCUUUGUUUACUACAUGAGCAAAACUCAUUAUGAUUCCUCUUCGAAACAAAUUGUCAGUGUUUAUGCUCGCGACAACAAAUCUAAGUCGCCUUUUUGUCGUUGGAAAAUGAAUUCGCCGGAGAAAAUUACUAACAUUGUUGUCACCAAAAGACGAGAUCCUUCGCGCUGGAAAAAGUCACCAAGGAGGGAUUGUUGCAGAGUCCUGCCAUCAAGAAAGAGCACAACUCUAUACUUAUGGGUAGGCAAUUGUCAAGAGGGAGAAGUUACUGAAUUAUAGGUGACAUGGUGCAUAUUGUAUGUAUUGGAUCACUAUUUUUUGUUUCAAAUCAAUUUGGAAAUUGACCUUUAGUUGCACCAGAAACAACCCAGAAUAUCACAUGCUAAUGUAUUGUUUUUUACAAUUUUUGUUUGGUUUUAUGUAAAUUAAACAAAGCAUACUUGGAGUCUUUUAUGGUAGAUGACUUGGAAUGUAUUUAAUGAAACAUGCAAAAUGCGGUAAGUUUGACGAAAUUAUGGUGAUAAUGCUGAAGCUAUACACUAAGAAAUGAGACAAAACAGGAAUCCUAAUGAAGCAUCUUUAAUGCAAAAUAGCAAGUUCACAUGUACAAAGAGACUUUUUAAGAGGAACCUGUUAUCUCCUAUAAAGCAAAAA